AUGGGGGUGAGGUCUGCCCCGGGGGCGGGGCCCUGCCGGGUGCUCUGGGCGCUGGGCGCUCUCCUCCUGUGGGCCCCGGCGCAAGCCAGGGGCCCGGCGGGGCCGAGAGGGCAGCUGCUCCACAGGGCUCGGAGGGGCUGGGUCUGGAACCAGUUCUUUGUCCUGGAGGAGUACACCGGGCUGGAGCCUCUGUACAUCGGGAAGCUGCACUCGGACAUGGACCGAGGCGAUGGCUCCAUACGCUACAUCCUGUCCGGGGAGGGGGCGGGGACCAUGUUCACCAUCGACGACGGGACGGGGGACAUUCACGCCAUCCAGAGGCUGGACCGCGAGGUGAAAGCCCAGUACGUGCUCCGCGCGCAGGCCCUGCACCGCCAGACCGGCCGGCCCCUCGAACCCGAGUCCGAGUUCAUCGUCAAGAUCCAGGACAUCAACGACAACGAGCCCAAGUUCCUCGAUGGGCCCUACCAGGCCACCGUACCCGAGAUGUCUGUCAUAGGGACCUCUGUGAUUCAGCUGACGGCGACCGAUGCGGAUGACCCCACGUACGGCAGCAGUGCGCGGGUGGUGUACAGCGUCCUGCAGGGCCAGCCCUACUUCUCCGUGGAGCCUCGCACAGGCAUCGUGCGAGUCUCGCUGGCUGACAUGGAUCGCGAGGUGAGGGAGAACUACUCCGUCAUUAUCCAGGCCAAAGACAUGGGGGGUCAGCUGGGGGGCCUGGCCGGGACCACCACCCUCAACAUCACCCUGACGGACGUCAACGACAACCCGCCCCGAUUCGCCCAGAAGCUGUACCAGAUGAGUGUUCCUGAGUCGGCGCCGGUGGGCUCAGUGGUGGGCCGUAUCCGGGCGCGGGACAGGGACGAGGGGGUGAACGCGGAGAUGAGGUACUCCAUCAUCGACGGGGACGGCCGCGACUCCUUCGACGUCGGCACGGACCCCACCAACCAGUUCGGCAUCAUCACCAUCAAAAAGAGGCUGGACUUCGAGAGCAAGCGCAGCUACACGCUGAAGGUGGAGGGCGCGAACACCCAGCUGGACCCCCGCUUCCUGAGCCGGGGCCCGUACAGCGACGUCACCAUCGUGCACGUCAGCGUGGAGGACGUGGACGAGCCGCCCCUCUUCCACGCGCCCGCCUACCUGGUGGAGGUGCCCGAGGACCUGGAGGUGGGCAGCGUGUUCAAGACCGUCUCCGCCCGCGACCCCGACGCGGCCAACAACUCCAUCAGGUACUCCAUCGAGAGGGCCAGUGACCCCGCGAAGUACUUCUACAUCGACAUCACUUCCGGGGCGCUGAUGACGGUGCAGCCGCUGGACCGCGAGGAGCUGGCCUGGCACAACAUCAGCGUCCUCGCCAUGGAGAUGAACAAUCCCUCGCAGAUCGGGAGCGUGUCCGUCAUGGUGAAGGUGCUGGACGUGAACGACAACGCCCCUGAGCUGACGCAGUUCAACGAGGCCUUCCUCUGUGAGAGCGCCAAGGCAGGCCAGCUGAUUCAGACGGUAACAGCUGUGGACCCAGAUGAGCCACUGGGGGGGCAGCACUUCUACUACAGCCUGGCACCCGAGGCAGCCAACAACCCCAACUUCACCCUGCGAGACAACCAAGAUAACUCGGCGUGGAUCCUGACCCGGCGGGGCGGGUUCUCCCAGCUGACGCAGAGCGUGUACUACCUGCCCAUCUUCAUCUCUGACGGGGAGCAGCCGGUGCAGACCAGCACCAGCACGCUGACGGUGCGGGUGUGCAGCUGUGAUGUGGACGGCAGCGUGCUCUCCUGCGACGCCCAGGCCUACACGCUGCCCGUCAGCCUGAGCCGAGGGGCCCUCAUCGCCAUCCUCGCCUGCAUCUUCGUCCUGCUGGUGAUGAUCCUGCUCAUCCUGUCGCUGAGGAGCCAGCGUAAGAAGCCGUACCUGUCGGACGAGGAGGAGAACGUCCACGAGAACAUCGUGCGGUACGACGACGAGGGCGGCGGCGAGGAGGACACGGAGGCCUUCGACAUCGCCGCCAUGUGGAACCCGCGCGAGGCCGCGCCCGCGCCCCUGGGCAAGAGCCGGCAGGACAUGCUGCCCGAAAUCGAGAGCCUGUCGCGGUACGUGCCCCAGGCCUGCGUGGGGCACGACGGCGGCGGCGUGCACAGCUACGUGCUGGCCAAGCUGUUCGAGGCCGACCUGGACCCCUGCGCGCCCCCGUACGACUCGCUGCAGACCUACGCCUACGAGGGCGAGGGCUCGGUGGCCGGGUCGCUCAGCUCGCUGCAGUCGGCCGUCUCCAACGGCGACCACGACUACGACUACCUGAGCGACUGGGGGCCGCGCUUCCGCAAGCUGGCCGAGAUGUACGGCGCGCUGGAGAGUAACAAUCCCCUCUGGUAG